AUGCAAUCAUGGAAUGAAUCAGAGAUGCUUAUUGAUCGCAAGUCCAAGUUUCAAGCGAGAUGUUGGCGAAUUCAAGAUCAAACUGAGAUCAACGGGCUGCUACAGAAACUCGUGCUAGAAAAUAAAAGCAUAAGGAAAGCUAGUCACCCUCAUAUGUAUGCAUGGAGAACUGGAGAAUGGAUUAAGGACAGCAGCAAUGGCAAAAAUAUAGGAACACAUUCCUCUAAGAAGACAAAAUCAUUACGCCUUGUCAACCCCAUUAUUAAGAAUCUUCAACAGGGAUGGGAUGACAAUGGGGAAGCUGCAGCAGGGCAACGCCUUUUGACUUUACUAGAGAGAGCCAAUAUAAUAAAUGUUUUGAUCAUAGUCACCAGAUGGUAUGGUGGAACGCCCUUGGGCUCCUCAAGAUUCAGACAUAUUUCGUCUUCGGCGGUACAAAGCUUAAAAAGAGCCAAAUUUCUGUCGUGA